CAAGCUUGGCUCAAAUUUCAUUGCGCCCUUCGGGGCCUCAUAGGCCGCCGAUGGCUUUCCUCCUGGCUUCACUUCACUUCUUGCUCGCUCUCGGUGCACCGCGCGGCACGCCGAUUGAAGACCAGACCUGCAAUGAUUCCACGAGCCUCUUGACACGACCGGCCGUGGGGUUUCCCUUCCACGCUCCGGUGGGUAGGAGCGUCCUCAAGGUUGAUCCAAACGAUCCAAAGGCCUGGGAAAAUUGUGUUCCUCCGGAGGGCGUGGCGUCUUUCAAGCGAAUCAUGCAGCCAUACAGCAACCACUCUGAGCUGCUGCCAUUGGGGCAGAGCGUGGGCUUGGGUUGGAAGUCUGUGAAGGAUGUUGAUGCUUGGCUGGCGAAGUGGGAGAAACCAUGCCCUGCACCUUUGAAACCCGCGGCCUAUGAGCAUCAGGAAGCCAAAUUGAAAGAUUUCAAAGAUAUUGCAGAUGGCAUUGGCAAAGUGAAAUGGGACAAGAUGGAGUGGCCAAGCGGGAUUGGGACAGAUGGCAAGGUGGUGAAAAGCAACCUGGCCUUCCAAGGGGCCAUGAUCCAGGGAAUGUUUUACACCGUGGCAUUUGCCACCAGCUGGUCGAAGGAUGGGAAGGUCAAAUGGGUGGAUUUCGUCCAAGGCUUCGGAGGCAUCGCGGCCAACAUGGCGAACUUCGUUCCCACCGUGGGGCCGUUCCUGUCCGGUUUCUUGACCUUUGCUUUGGCAUUCUUUGGGUCCUCCUCGCCCAGCAUCGGGGAACAAAUCGAAAAGGCAUUGAAGGCAUUGUAUGAGAAGAUCAUGAAGGAGGUCGGAGACAUGAUGAAGAAACAGCUGGUAGAGUCAGCUUUAGUAUCUUGUAGGGAGACGGUUUCUGACCUGGUGCGAAGCCUGGAAUCCAUGCCACUUGACUUGCACCCCAUCACAGACACCAUGCCGGCGGGAGAGUAUCGUGUCCAGAAAGUGGCCUAUUACGGCACGAAGACUUCAAUCAUGGAAAGCCAAAUGAAAGACAUUUUUGGAGCAAGCGUGGGCUGCUACAGCAAUGGCCGGUUCAAUGACUCGCCCCCGGACACUUGCAAGCACUUUCUAUACAAGGGUGCCUUCUAUUUCCAAUUUCAAUUUGUUCUUCUGCACUUGAACUUUUUGGCCGAGUGGGCCCGCACAGUUGAAGGAACUGCAAUACAAGUGAGGCUUGAGGCGCUGAGACGGAUGGCCCAAAAGUAUGUGCCUCUUCUCGAGAGGUCUUUGGAGAUUUUCCUCAGCUUCCGAACCACUUGCAGCUAUAACUAUCCCGAGUGUUGGGGACAAUGCAGGGACGCCAGGCCCUGUAUUCCUGGCACUCCCUGCCUUCCCUGUGGCAUUGGGAACAAGUGCCAUGAAAGCACGGCAGAAUUACAGCGUCAAGAGAGGGAUGAGGACGUGUUGGAGCGCACACGCUGUGUCACGAAUGCCAAGGGUGAGAUCUUUGGUGCCCGAAACCUGUGUGAACGGGAAGGGGGUCCUGGCAAGGUGUGCUCUCAAGGUGAUUUCGAUGGCUACUGGGAAGCCUUUGCCGAGAAUGUGCGGAACAACUUUGAUCCGCUGCUGGCCAUCUUGCGGAAGCUGACCCAGGAGAUUCCAGACGCCACAGCUUUGGUGGAGCAGUUGGUGAAAGAUCCGGUGAAAGAAAGGUCCACGGUCUCAGGCGCCAAGACCACUGACCCGGCUCUUUGUGAUUCGGCGUGCGAUAAGCUGGGGGAUGCUGCGGGAUUAUGGUUCAAGCAAACGGUCGUGGACACUUGCAAACCCUUUUGUUUGCAUACUGACAUCACGACGCGCCCCGAAUGCAUGGACAAGAUGGUGGAGAGCAUCCCUGCGCUGUUCCGAGGCCAAGUGAGGCCCUUCCUGGGGGCUGCUUGCGCAGCGUUCCCAUUGUUCGAGCCGCUGGAGUAAUCGAUUUUGACCGUCGGGGCACGCACAAGUCGGCUCCGACUACCGUGCUCCGGCUGCUGCGAAGAUCAGGGCCGUGAGUGCGAGGAUGAGGUGAUCGUGGCAAAGGG